CCCUCUACAUCUCCUAGUAUUAUACCUUAUCCACAUUUACCUAUCUUAGCUUGCAACAUGGAUCUCCUAUGGAUGGCUGAAGCACCCAUGCCCAGACUUGGACAUGGCUCAUUCCUACUCUGCCUUGAAAGCCUCUAUCAGAAAAUUACAGGUCGGCCGCUGAAAUACACUGUUAUAACUGGCAAACCUAGCGAGAUCACCUACCAUCAUGCUGAACACGUCGCCACCCAGAUAGCUAGCUCCAUGGGGCUUGAAAGUACUCCCAGAACACUGUAUGCAAUUGGAGAUAACCCAAUGACAGAUAUUUAUGGUGCUAAUUUAUACAACCGCUACCUGGCUAGUAAACCAAUCAAUGUCCUCAAAACAGGAUUGAAGACCAAACUGACAGCAUCACAGGGCAAGAAACCGGCAACAGUUACAACAUCACUUGCCACUCAUCACCCAGGUGAAGUACCGGCAGAUCACCUACUGGAGAAGUGUGCUGAGACCAUGGAAUCGGUGCUUGUGUGUACCGGUGUUUAUUGCGAAACACGCCACAAACACAUGGUGGGCGUUGAUCACGGACAUCGGGACUAUUCCUAUGAUGUCGAGUUGGCUCGGCCUUCUCUCACAGUGGACAAUGUUUAUCAAGCUAUUGAAAGCAUAUACGAAAGAGAAGGGUUUAAAUAGAUUUUCUUGGCAGAUUUAUUUUAUUUUAUUUGAUUUGAUUCAUUUGAUAACACAGAUGCAAUCUUUUUAAAAAAAAAAAAAA